UACGCUUUUUGAACAAAUUGAAAUUACCAGAUAAUUAGAUUUAGAAUCUAUAUAGAAUCUAGACGACUAGAGUAGUGAAAGUAGAUCUAGAUCUAGUAGACGCCUAGACAGAUCUAAUCUAGAUUCUAGAUCUGGACUUAAGAUCUAGAAGUAAGGGAAAUUUGCAUUUAGGCCUCUACCACAUUCUAACAACAACCUGCUGACUGUCUACUACAUCAGUUGCUACCAGUGAGAGUCUAUCUAUAGUCUAUAGUUAAGUAUCUAGACUAUCUAGAUAGAUAAAAACAUGUCUUCUUAUGAUGCUAGAGAUGUUACUGAUCUGUACAUUUUCAAUUCCGGCACAAGGCAACAAAGUUCAGAGAGGCUCACUACCCACAAAGUGUCAGUCCUAGUCUUAAUCUAUGAAUAUUAUGAACUAUGUGGCAGACAGAACAAAUUAUACAGUGUAGACCUGACCUGCCCACUUUCAGACAGACAAAAAGGGGAACUAAUGCUUCUCAUACUGGACUUGGUUCUGGGCCCAGAUGUAGAUUUGAAAGGUUUAAGGGCACAAAUUGACCAUGUGAUUGAUCCUGUAAUUUUAAAGGUUGUUUAUGACAGGCUGCAUUCCAUAGCCACUAAUGGCGUGAAAUCAUUUAGUGAUAACAUUGAGCUCGUAACCAUAUUGUUGUCCACAAAUAACGAAGAUGGAAUGAUCCGAAGAGAGAGUGUUUUAGGUGUUUACAUUCGAAGGAUGGAGUUGGCUUAUUAUGAGAUGUCUUUCAGUCAAGUUGUUGAAAUGUGUAAUAAAUUCAAACGUUACUACGAAGCUGGCUUCCCAGAAGCCAAAGAGGAAGAGGAGAAGGUCGCUUGCAGGAAGUCCAGUUUGGUUGGUUUCUCAGAGACAGGUCUGAGCAUGUCAUUACUGGAUGAGCAUCCUGUGACUGAAGCAUCUAGUGCCAAUUUUUUCUCCAAGAAGCAAGCCGAGUAUUUCCUAGCCAAUCAAGCUCUGAUGCUGAGUCAUGAUGAAGGGAAAGCACUCCCACCAGACCAACUACAGCAGAGACUGUCAAGCAUCCUUUCAGAUAACCCUGACUUGGCAGAAGCUCACUUUCUGAGUUACAUCAACAGCCUGAGAGUGAAGGAGUACUGUACCGCUAUGAACAGUUUGUAUCAUUACUUUGAUCGGAAGGCCAGCAUGCUGGUGGAAAGUGGACAGAACAAGAAAAAAGGUGUCCAAGAUGAAGUAGCCAUGAGAUAUGCGGCCUUGAACUUGGCCUCGCUACAGUUUAGAUUUGGAAAUAAAGAACCCUGUCGAGCUGCUUUGCGUGAAGCUAUUAGGCUGGCUCAGGAGAGUAAUGACCAGAUUUGUCUACAGCAUGCUUUGGUCUGGUUAAAUCUAUUGGGAGAGAAUCACACAGGUGUAACUCAGUUGGAGAGAUCAAUAAAAAAAACUAUUGAUCUGUCAUUGCCUAAACUUGCUGUGUUGGGUUUGCAUUGGAUCAGCAAGGGAUUGGGCACAGGAACAGAGUUGCCAGCCAGAGUCAUAGACUACUUUACUCAGAGUAACUUGAUCAACUGUAUGAACUCAAACUAUGGUAUGAUGUGUACUGGCUGUGUCCAGAGAGCUGCAAUGUGGCAUUACUAUGGCAAAAGAGAGUUAUGCUCCUUGGACAACCAGAUAGUUCUAAACCUGAAUACAAGUCUAAAUGGAGUCUACUACAAUGGCCAGGCAGUUUGUAUUGCACUGUGCAACCUGGCCCAGCAUCACGCUGAUGUGGGUGAGUAUGCAGCCGCCUUUGAGAUACUUGGCCAGGCCAGGCUCAGGUUUCCCUGUCACACGUCACACUCUGAGAUAUGGCAGUCUUGUCAGCAGAGGAUCAAUUUUACUCGCUCACUCAACAAUAGAAAGUUCAAUGAAGCAGAACAGAGCCUGAUAGACCUUGAGGCACUGGAUGAACCAGAGGCUAAGAUACGGAAACCGUUGUUAUUAAAAGAGAAAGGUCAUGUGACGGAAGCCUUCUCCUGCCUCAACCUGCUGUUGUCUGAAUGUGAUAAGGAGAAGUCUGGGUAUUAUGCUGACUACAGAUGCAGAGUGCUUUUAGAAUUAGCUGCCCUGUAUAUAGCCACAGGAAACUGUAGUGCUGCAGUCAUUCACAUAACAGAUUGUAUAGCGCAUGCUAAAAAACAUUAUCUGGAGCUAUAUGAAGGUCUGGGAACUGCGUACCUAGCCUUUGUUCAGUUGAGUAUGAACUUACCAAAUCAAGGUCUGCAACUAAUAGAGUCACAGCUCACGAGGAUACUAACGAAUGCCUCGGCACUCGACAAAGGGAAAGUUUUAUAUAUUUAUGCCAAGUGUAAAGUAGCAGCCAGCAAGUUGACGGGCCAGGAAAGCGCCAGAAAGUCGGAUCUCCUUGUAGCCUUGAAUCUAAUGAAUAACAUCAGCUCACUGUUCCAACAAGUUGAAGCUUAUAUGUUGGAAAAGGAUGCUUGGUACUUCCAGGCAAUGCUGUACAACUCCCUCUGUGACACAGAGAACAGAAACAAGUGUGCAUACCAGUUUAAACUGCUGGAUAAAUUGUAUCCAACUCUCAACACUGUGGGGCUGACUCUCCUGUGACGUACACACAAUGAAUGCCGAGCUUUACAUUGAAUAAGGUCAAAGCUUACACUAGUAUCAAAUUUUCAAAAGUCUUUAAGCUGCUAACCUGCAAUCAGGCAUGGCGGAUGAGGAGAAAUGAUGAAGUCAAAAAAAUUUUCACUUUAUGUAUCUCUACAAUGUAAGCUGGAAAAAAAAAUAGACUUUUUAAAUGUAACUGGCUCUAAAGUUUGAGUGAAAACUGUCACCUUAGAUGUUUGAUUUUGAAAGCCAGUAAGAUU